CCCUAGCCCACACCAGAAUCUCCGGAACAUUCCCCUUUCCUUUACUGGAACCAUCAGUGUUACUACCAAGAACAGCAGAGAACAAGGACCGACGAUAAGGCGAGAUUCAUCCAUCCAAAAACGACCGACCAAUACUAUUUUCGAAUAGUUCCUCUGGAUUGGAAGGAAGCUCCACUGCUUGCCCUAAAGACACCGUCGUCGCCCUAAACAGCCGCCAGACCACACCACACGCAUUCCCUUCGCGUUUUGCUUUAUUCGGUAGCACCAGCGGCACCGCACGCCAUUCCACACACGGAAAUCGAACCGACGAGACGCAGCGCAGCGCAUCGCAUCACAGCGCACCGACCACAAUUUUGCCAUGCCCGCCUUUUCCGGCCAGCAAACGACGCAGCUGCAGCUGCGGGGCAGUGGUUCGGCCACGGUGGCGACGCCCGUGCUCCGCACCCCGUCCGAGUACGAGCCGGCCGCCCCCAGCUCGGGCAACAGCGUCCCGUCCGACCUGCCGCUGCCCCUCCGGAACCCCGCCCCCCGGUCGGUGACGAGGUCUUCGUCUUCGUCCACCACCGUUUCGGCGGGCAGCCGGACCUCCGCGGGCCUCUUGUCGCCAAGGACGAAGCGGCAGGUCCAGCGCGUCUUCGAUGCCGACCAGCCCCAGUACCUGCUGCCGCUGACCCACGAGCACGGCACCCCCGAGGCGGACGAGCCCUCCCUGAACAACACCGCGAAGCGGUCCGUCAUGAGAGCCGCCGAGAGCGGGCGGGGGCACCUGCUUCCCGUGCGGAGCACCAGCACCAAGCUGACGGUCUCUCCGACCUACGGCUCCCGGAUGCCCGCACGGCACGUUCCGGGGCGUUCCAAGAGCCACUGCCCGACCUCUACGACGGUGUUGCCGCGUACCCGGCAGGACGUCGACAACACCAACACCAACAAAGGAAGCAGCAGCAGCGGCAGCAAACAGUCCAAGCUGGCCCAUCUUAGGCGGCGGACGGCGAACAACUCGUCGGACGACGARGACCCCCUGAAGGAAUCCGGGACGCGGAGGAGCUACGAUGCCGAGAGCACCAACGGCAACACCAGCGACUCCUUUUAUUUCGGCCGCCUCAGCGCCGGCCGCCGGAAACGACAGGGAAGCGGCACCGCCAGCCUCGGGGGCACGAGCACCGGCACCAACAACAACGAAUACAGCACCAGCCGGGAGCAUCCCGGUCCCAAGCACCAGUGGGGAAGCGGGGUGGUCUGCCAGCAGCAGCUGAUCAAGAUCUCGCGGAUGAAACUGGGGCACCUCCUGCAGAUGAUGAUCGUGCUGGCCGUGAUCUCCCUGGUGUACGAGUCCCACCACAAGGCGCUCUUUGCCACGCACCAGCUGACCCAGUUCAAGGAAGAAGAAUCCCUGCUCCUGCUGCACCUGCAGAAAAUCGAGCAGCAGUCGAUCCAGCUCCACGAAAACCUCGGCCGGCUGGCCCAGGCGCACCUCGAGGGGAACAUGGUCGUGGGCCGCAAAUUGGACAACGGCAACAGCGAGGACGACGAAAAGCACGGGAGCGACGACCGGGAGGUCGAUUUCGAUCUCAUCCACAAGCAGACCCAGCAGCUCUACCAGAUGGAGGAAGAACUGAGCCACGAGGUCCAGACCCUGCAAAAACGCAUACAGCUCAGUGCCCGGAACCACAUCAUCCAGGAAUUCGGUGAGGGUCCCGUGAUGGUGGUGCUGGAACUCGACCUCGGGGACUUUGACCAUCGUUCUUCGACCGGGUCCUCCGACGCCAAUUCGAAGGCCACCGCAAAAACGCGCUCGCCCGACAAGAUCUCGAUUCUGCUGUGGCACGACACCCCCCACGCGGCCUGGACGUGGCUGGAACAAAUCGGAAACCACGUGUGGGACGGGGCCCCCUUUCACUGGGAUCAGGGCGGCGUCAUCGACGCGAUUCCCUCCGACGAGGCCGUCCUGGCCAACCAAAAAAAACGCAGCAGCGGCAACGGGAAGAUCGAGUUCGUCGAGCAGUCGCAGCACUCCCACCAGGCCUGGACGGUGGGGGUCCGGGAGCACCCGAUCCACAACUCCAACAACGAGCCCGGCCGCAGCUCGCUGGGCAUUUACAUCAAUCUGCAGGACAAUACCGACCUGCACAAGCACGAAACCUGCGUGGGGAAGAUCAUCGACGGCUUUGACGUCCUCCAGAAACUCCUGGAGGCGGCGAGGAACAACGGCAACGAAAGUGGCGAGCAACGGCCGCACCAAACCAAAGGGAAGCACAACAACGGCCAGUCCUCCCUGGUCAUUCGCAAGGCGACGGCGAUGCACUACGUCACGAAAAAGCCGGGCAUGGGAUACUAGUUGCAACACCCGUCCUCCCCACGGUGCGGUCGAUCCCUUUUUGCUGUCGCAACGGAUCCGACCACAACCAAUCACACGGUACGCGGAACGUGUCAUUCUUACAAUUCACAAUAGAGAUAUAGUAUUUCA